UACUUCGGUUGUUGAUUGUACGAGGAGGAGUUUUGACGGCGGAAGGUCGAAGGGGUUCUUUUUUGGGGAGAAAUUAUUAUCAUUAUUAUAUAUUGUUGUCGAGCUCUAACAAAUUGUUCGGUUUUUUUUUUACUUUAUGCAGUAUUUAUCACGGCGUUUCAUGUAUAAAAGUAGGGAUAUACAUAAAGCUCUUUUAUCACGGUAUUCAUUCAUCGUUUCGAAUUAAAAAAAAACAACAUAUUGUCUUUAUACGCGUUGCUCGAUGAAAACUCAAUAAAUGUCAAUGAAGGAUAAAUAUAUCGAUAAAAGGCGUUGUACACACUGCGAUCAGAGGAUAAAUUAUAAAAUGUUGUCAUUUCAUACUUUGAGACAGUCAAUCAAUAUAACUCACGCGUUCCUACGUUAACUCCAUGUCCUACUGCGCUUGUAUUAUUCUUCGACGAGAGGAGUUUCAUAUAAAUCGUCUCUGUUUUGAUUUUGCGUGCAUAUACCAUACACUUUGAAUUAAAUCAUCCGAACGAAAAAUAUAUAAUUCACACGGAGCGUUAUUUUUUUAAACGAUAAGUAUAUAUUAUUAUUAUUUAAGUAUUCAAGUUUGGCCUCGUGAAGAAAGAAAAGAUUGAAAAUUGAAAUGUUUCGGCUACACACACACACACACAUUUAUUUAUUUAUUUAUUUAUUUAUUUAUUCGUAGCUUCACCAUAUGUGUAAUGUUGAUCAUGUAUGUACAUGUAAAACGUUAUGCCAUUUUUCUUUUCGUAAAAUAAGAAAUAAAAUGCGAGUCCACGAAUCUUGAUUGUCGUGUGUGCUCCAAAGAAAUAUCUUUUUUUUCCAACGUGUGAUUCUUUAUUUGUAACCCGUCCUCGCCUGACUCCUGUGUAAUGAAGCGUAUUUUUUUACGAAUAAGAGGUUUUCUCCAUGUCGUAUCGAUGUUGUCGUUGCACUUGUUAUCCAAUAUUUUGUGUUGUUUGAUCCACCUGCUGAACGUAUUCCAAGCAUGUCUUCCAGGACUCCGACCAACGAAUCCAAACUUGCAUCUCGUCGCGUUUCCUUGUGUAUAAAAGGCUCUAGAAACCUCGGCGGACGUAACGAGGACGAUUACGAUUUCUAUUACGGCCGCGGGUAUUCAGAGGAUCCUUUCGAGGACGAGUUUGUCUCCAACCAGCGCCGCUUCAAAGAUCGCGCUUCCGCUGCUUUCGAAGAAGACUUGGCCGACCUGCGCCGCAAAAGGAGAGACGUGCAGGACCGCAUGUUCGACAUGACCGACCUGAGCGCUGAGAUCGAGAAGGCCAAGGUGACCUUGGGUGCGGCUGAUACCCUGUUCCAGCGCCACGCGUUGCGUUUCGACAACGACGCGGACGAUUACGAUGAGAGCAUAUCGUUGGCCUCGCGCAUCGAUCGCAACCGGAAAAUAGCAGCCCAAGAGAUUCCCGAUCCUAAACCGCCGGUCAAGUGGACCAAGCUGGUACCGGUUGAGGAAGGUUGCGCUCCACCCCCUCAACUAAUGGCCCGUAGAACUUCUUAUGGAGAUAAUCCCUACGGCGACAAUAAUGAACCCAGAGGCAAACGGGGAUACUCCAAGAGGAAGAAGAGCGUGUCGUUCUAAGGAGGAGGGGUGGAGAGGGUUUGAUUAGGGUGUUAUAAUGACUUUUCAUUGAGUUGGGGAUGUCUUUUUUAUGAACGAACAAAUUGUAAUAUUCAGGGAAGUUAAAUUUUUUGCUUAAAAAUUUAAAGUAAUUAUACAUGGAAACAUCAGAAAUUAAAAUCAUCAGGGAAAAGAUUAAAAGUUUCAUACAUGUGAAAUUGGUUCAACAGUUAUAAAUUCAAAAUUUCACCAAUUUCACUGAUCAAGAAAAUACUAUAAAUGUACUUGUGCGAAAUCAAAAUCAUGCACAUUAAUACAUAGAUUGUCUUCAAGGUGGAUCUACCUUAAGUUACCAACACCAAACAACAGAACUAAAAAUGCGCAUUGUCAUUUUUUUUUUUGCUAAAGUUAGAUGUUUUUUUUUCAUCUACAAAACGAACAUCGAUGUACUUUGAUAUUAUUGUUGUAAUAUAAAAGAACAAAAAAAUUAAUAAUCGCUUUACUUUCAUGAAUAAUUUUACAUAGCAACGAUUAAUCAACGCAUUCAAAAGUACAGAAAGUUUGCGAUAAGCAUUUCUCAUCGCAUAUAUUUUUAUAUUAAUCAAAUAUCAAUCACUACAUUAAUAUAUUCAAAUGCAUUUAAGAAGUAAACUUUCUGUAUUAUUACAUUAUAUCAAAUACAAAUUUUGAUUUAAAAAUUGCGAUCAAAUUAAAAAAACUAAAAGCAUAUACCAAAAUCGAAAAAAGUAUGUUAUUAUCUUGCAAUAUUAAUGUCAAAUUAUUGUACAAGAAGGUUAAUGUGGACUGAUUUAAUAAAAAUAUGAUAUUGCAGCAAUCAGAAUUUUCAAUAAAUCAUGUAAUAUCUUAUAAUUGAAUUCAUCAGCUGUGUAUUAUGUAUAUCUUUAUCCAACUUUUAUUAAAUCAGUUCUUAUAAAUUAUAGUAAUUAAAAAUGAAUCCAAACUGUUUCAAAAAUGUUAAAGAAGCAUGUUAGCAGAAAUUAAAUCGAAACAUUUCGCUGUAACGUUAAUUAAAAUAUGUAACUGCACAUUUUAGUGGCUUAAGAAAUAAAAAUUAAAUGAGAGUACGUUAAAAAAAUAUGGUUAACCGAGAAAUUAUACAAAAGUCGCUAAGUCAUUAGAGAAACUGUAUUUACGAUUGUAAGUAAGCCAAAGUAAUCCAAUAAAUUUGUCAUUAGUUUAAUUAUACCUUUAGAUUUAUUUUUAUUUUUAUAAUUGUUGAAUAACUAGUAACUUAAGUAUUUAUAUAAUAAAUAAAACUAUUUGCUUAAAAAAUGAUCUACUAAAGCAUUUCUGAGAUAUUCACAUAUGUACCUGAUGUGAUAUAUUACUUUGACAGUCAAAGAAAAACCUAUGCAAUUAUAUAUGGUUGUUACAAAGUAUAUUACGUUGCUCUCUAAAUUAAAAAAAAAAACUUUAAAAUUCGAACAAAAUUUCAACAAGCUCGGCAACUGCUUCGACUAAUGACAAAAAAUAUAUAAAAAUUUUUUUCAGCCCAUCUCACGAAUCCAACUGUUCUCGACAGACUAAAGGAUAUCAGCUACAGCAGCGCACAGCCACACCCAACCGAUUCAUCAUCGCAGCUCGGCUUUUCGCGGCCGAUUGCGCACCCUGACAUUAUAUCUGGGCCGUAAGUACUUUGAGCGGACGUGAUUUAUAGUAAGUAAACCAGAGUAAGGUGUCAGCCGCCUUGCACAAGCUCUCACGAACGACUCGCGACUUCUACUCGCAAGCUCGAGAGCUUAUAUACUCGGGCGACCCUGAUCGGUAUGACGACUGCGCUCGUGAUACUUUUUGGCUUUUCCUUGUGCCGCGACUAGCUGUGUUUACACGAUAUGCGACGGGGAUGAUGCGCGUGUUUUUAUUUUUGGAUAACGAUCGGCAGCCGGAAGUUUUGAAAUCAUUUGGAGACCUUAAAGUGGUCCUUUAUCACGGCAUAUACUAUAUGGAUAGAAUUUUCUAUGAUUUUCAGGUCUUCGACGAAGGAAGCGAAUGUAUAAAAAUUAUUUUUCAGCAAUUUCAAAAUGCAAUGCCUUAAAAUAAGACACAUUUAAUUAAUCUAAUAGAAUCGCGCGACCGGUAUUGCUUCUAAAAAUAUGCCCAUUGAUAUGCGAAGGUCCCUUCGACUUAGUGUCGAUGUCUUGCAAGUUAUUGACCUUCAAUGAAAUCACCAAUGGUGCUGAAAGAUCCCUGCUGUUUUGUCGUGUUUGCUUUUCCGGUUUUAAUGUCAUGCAACUACACGCUUGUAUACACGUGUUCUAUGUUUAACAGAAUACCGAUCAUGAAUGGAUGAAUCGAUUUUCAAUAUAUUGGCCGUUUUAAACGUCAUAAUAAAUAAAUUAUAACGUGCUUUGCUCUGUUAGCAAGUUAAAUGUUUUCGUUUAUAGUGAUCC